CAUGCAGUGGGCUGUGCAACAUCUGAUCAUCCAAACACACACUCGGGAUCUCUCGACAUAACCACCACUACACGCCAUAAGCACCUGAGUGUGCAGUGAGUGUACACUGAAGACACCCUGACAAUGCGAGCGGAGACCCUGAUUACAGGCUUACUUUUGCUGAGAAUUUCAGAAUUUCACAGCUUAAGUGAAGGACAACUGGACCCUAAAAUAAUUUCAUUUAGUCGAGGUGUUCACCUAUUUGUUAAAGGUAUACAUGUCAAGACUGUGGCUCCCAAACUACAGAUCUUGCUACCCGCUGGACUUUGGAUGGAGACGUGUGACGCCGCCAUACUUACAUGUAUCAUCACAGGAUUACACACCAAACCAACACACAUCACUUGGAAGAUUAAUAAGAUCUCAGUGACACAAAACCACACCACGGCUGACAUCUUCAUGGAGUCUGAUGGCACAUUCACUGCUUUAGGGCUCUUUUACCCCACACCAGGUCAUGAGCUGAAGAGCGAUGACUUAUACAGGUGUGAGGUUGAGCAAGGAGGAAUAACUUACUAUGAAGAAGUAUGGCCAUUUCACUGUGAACAGUCACUGUGACAUCUUGUGGUUUUAUAUGAUGCAUUUUGGACUCGUUGGGUUGUUAUAUUUACUACUUAUAUGGAUAGUACCAUAUAAAGACCCUAUUCAGAGUUGCCAGGUCUGUGUUUUCCUGUGGAAUUAGGUUACUUUCUAUUCUGUAAAUAUUACAUUAAAUAUAUCGAUUUAUUCAAGCCUAAUAAAUGGAUUUAAAAAUACAUACACUCUUACGUAUGUUGGUGGGAAAAGACUGCUUCUAUUGUAUGAAUGUGCUGUUAUGUGUCAGUAAAUUGAUUUACUCAAAGGUAUUCUUUAUAAUAAUACCUGUAAUAAUAUGUAUGUGAUAAUGUAAUAAUAUAAGACCAUUUGAAGACCUUUAGGAUAUAAUGUGUAGUUUGAGUACUGCUUCAUUUAAAAUAUAUCGUAAAAUGUUAAUGGAAAUAUCACAAUAUGCACUGACCAUCCUGUUUAAUAUGAACACCUACAGUAUAUGUUCACCUGUUCAUUCAUGCAGUUAUCCUGCUUUUUUCCCAAUCUUCAACUGUCCAGUUUGGGUGAGCCUGUUGCCGCUUGACAUGUUGUUUGUUCUGAGAUGCUUUUCUGUUCACCACGGUUGUAAAGAGUGGUUAUUUGAGUUACCAUCACCUUCCUGGCAUCUCGAACCAGUCUGACCAUCAACUCUUCUCAUCAACAAGGCUUUUCAAGCUGCAGUACUGCCACGCACUAGACAUUUUUGGUUUGUUUUUUUUGCACCUUUGUGUGCAUACUCUAGAGACUGUCGUGCAUGAAAAUCUAUCAGUUUCUGAAAUACUCGAAUCAGUCUGUCUGGCACCAACAAACAAAGUCACUGAGAUCAUACAGUAUUUUUCUCUCAUUCUGAUGUUUGAUGUGAGCAUUACCUGAAGCUCUUUACCUGUAUCUACAUGAUUUUACAUGUUGCGCUGCUGCCACAUGAUUGGCUCAAUUGCAUGAAUAAACAGGUGCAGGUGUUCCUAUUAAAAUGAGUGUAUUUAGCAAUAGUCGUGAUUUUAUUGUUUAAUAUAAAGUUUUGGGUUUGUGUUGUGAUAGUGGACUGUUUUUAUUGACCACUGGGUUACUUUCUGAGCUAAAAUAAAAAUCCUUUGGGAAGGAUUUAUCAUGCAGAUUUGGCAACUGGUGACCAUAUUUAAAGGUUUAUGUAUGAGGUGAACCAUAGGCUGUUUCAUCCUUUUCUUUAAAAAGAAACAUUAUGCUAAAGAUGUUAUGAUAGAAAUGUGGACUGUGCAGUGAAAUGCAGAGCAUCAAAGCCUGUAAAAGUCUCUUGAAAUGUUUUUUUUUAAUUACUGUGCCAAUAAUUACAUACAUAUUCAUAAAUAUGUAUAAUAUUUAAAGCUGUCUGGAAGAUGUGUGCAUGCUAUGUAGUGACACACACCCAUGAGAGAGGUCACAGACUCAAAUAUCUUCAAGCUGCAAUGUGUCUGGCAGUGUGUAAAAAAUAUGUGUUCAAUACAUUAUGUAAUUAUGCAGGGAGUCAUAAAUUGGUCAUUGCAUUGCUUUUUUUGUUUGUUUGUUUAAGCUGAUAAAAUGCACAGGAUGUUUUAAUGAUAUUCACAGACGUAUUGCAAUUUCUACAGUGAAAUUCUGUACAUAAUACAAUACAUGCAUUUUACUUUAAAUUUACAUGUAAAUAGAACAGGCUUUAAUUGUGAAAUAUGACACUAUACUGUUAAAAAGAAACAUCCCUACCUUAAUUUUUACAGUAAGAUUCCAGUAACCGCUACCUGAUUUUAUUGUAGAUUUUAAAGCUUUCUUUUAUGUGUACUAUAAACCAAUAAACGUUCUGCUGUAUUGUAA